GAAUCAAUGCAUCAUUUUGUAUGUUUUGUAAUGAUUUACUUGUUUUAUGAUGUGUUUAUCAGCACAUAUAAAGACAAUAAUACGAUUUUGUUGAAGGUUAAAUGCCAAAGAAAGCCUUAUGAAGAUACCUCUUCUGUUAGAUAUCAAUAGUUAUACUUGAAAAAGUAUAGAAAUAUACAAAAAAUUGUUUUCCUAAUUGCAUGAAUACAAAUAGCAAGUGUUGCUUUGCAAAUAAAUAAUCCAUGAUGUUUUCGUCGUUGCUAAUUUAAGUCCUUUUCAGAAGAUUUUUGAAAAACACACAAAUAUUUUUUAUUGUGGUGACAGAAAUGUGUUGAUCCAAAGUGACAUCUUUACCAAAGUUACUAAUUACUGGCACCUUUCCAAUAAUCUUCAAUCUUUUUUACAUCUCUGUGCAUCCAUGUUGAUGUUUGGUCUCACACCAUCUGUUCAGAGUAAGCGACCACGGAGUGAUAAGCCUGUGAUGUGGUUGUUUAGUGUGCCGUUAAGAAAACGGUGCCGUUUAGUGAAGAAUUACACAAUAGGACAAUGAUGGAGCUACAGUCAAAUGUACAUUAACAAUCACAUUGGGAUUGACAUUUUAGUGCAUGAACAAACUUAUUGCACAGCGUGAAACUGAAUUGAAAACAUGCUUCCCCAUUCGACAUCCAUUAUUUUUCUCUUCCCCAUCUGCCAAUUCAAAGUUAGUAGUGCGUAAAAUUGUCAUUAUUUUCUCUGUCUAAAAAGGGAACUGAGAUUAUAUUGAUUGGGACAAAAACAUACGUUAAAGCUUUGGAUUGUUCCGUAAAGAAAUACUAAAAUACUUAUAACUUAUGCUAUAUGAUCUGAUUCUGUCUUUUCUGUUCCUCGUUGUGUUGCAAAGAGCAUUUAUAUAACCUGUGAGGCAUUUACUUCACUUUGCAAAGAUAGAUAGAUGCAAAGAUCGAUGCAUAGAUACCCUACACCCCCAAACAUGCAGCAGAGUCUCAAAUGAAAUGUAAAAACAUAACUUACAUUUAGAAAUUGCACACCAGGCUCCGUAGGGUUGUCUUUAGUUGUAGUUACAUGUCCUUCGACUGAUUACACACAAACUUAACAAAACCCUUAACAAUGGGGUUAAAGAAACUAAUGUUAGACACUUUAGUGGCCUUAAAUUGGAUUUCUAUGCUAUAUCAAUACCUUUAAAAAAAAUCCUUUGUCCUCCAAGCACACAACUGACAAUAAGUUGUAAAAACUUCAUUUACAGGACAAGCGCCAGAUUUUUGAGUAUGUCUAAGAGAUGAUCAUGUAUGCCCUGAUAAAAAAAUAUAGAUAGAUAGAUUAGUUUGAAGCUACUCAGCACCACCAUGUGGCUGAAAGACAACAAGUAUCAAAUGCUCAAACAAAAUGCAUGUUUAUAUUCCUUCCUUCUUCUAUUCUUCUUUUUGCACAGAGAUUCCAGAUGGACAACUUCAGCCUGCUUGACGGCAUGGAUGACUUGUAUGACAAUUCCUCUGAUGAGUAUUGUUGUGAUAGCGGUGAUGUGUGUGACCUGACUGAGGGCACGCACUUUGAGUCUGUGUUCAUACCAGUUCUGUACUCCGUGGCCUUCGCUGUGGGAGUCCUGGGGAACGGGGUGCUGCUGGGGGUUCUGGCUCGGAGCAGGGGGAGAUGGAGUGUGACGGACACCUUCAUCCUCCACCUGGGGGUGGCCGACAUCCUGCUGCUGCUGACGCUGCCGCUGUGGGCCGCACAGUCCGCUCAGGAGGAAGGGUGGACGUUUGGAACUCCGCUCUGCAAGAUCACUGGAGCUGUUUUUACGAUCAACUUCUACUGUGGGAUCUUCCUGCUGGCGUGCAUCAGUCUGGACCGCUACCUGUCCAUCGUCCACGCGACCCAGAUGUACUCCCGCAGGAACCCCCGGGUGGUUCACAUCAGCUGCCUGGCGGUGUGGAUCUUCUCGCUGCUGCUCUCCCUCCCUGACUGGGUUUUUUACGAUGCUGUUCAGGAUGACAGGAGAGGCAACAGGACAGAGUGUGUUCCCAACUACUUCCGCUUCGACCCCAAUAGAGUCUUUGAUUGGGAACUGGCCUCCCGCGUGCUGUCCCACACGGCGGGCUUCCUGUUGCCCUCCGCCGUCCUCAUCUUCUGUUAUUCCUGCAUCCUGCACCGGCUGCGCUACAGCUCCCAGGGCCUUCAGAAGCAGAAAGCUUUCAGGAUCAUCGUGGCCGUGGUGGUGGUGUUCUUCAUCUGCUGGACGCCGUACCACAUCACUCUCAUGGUGGACACACUUCAUUCGGGCAACAGCUGUGGAGUCAGAGGAUCUCUGCAAAAAGCCAUGGUGGUCACCUCCUCCCUGGGCUACCUCCACUGCAGCCUCAAUCCCAUCCUGUACGCCUUCGUGGGAGUGAAGUUCAGGCGUCAGCUCGUGGACAUCCUGAGGUAUAUGGGCUGCCAGCUGAAGAUGAGCGCCAAACUGCAGUCUGUUACCAGCAGGAGAAGCUCUGUGUGGUCGGAGUCUGCAGACACCUCCAACUCCAUCGCUGUCUGAGAGGGAUCCACACACAUUGUAACAUUUCAACAGGUCAUGUCCAGGCCACCGUAUAGCUAACUGGCGGCCUUUGCUGCAGAGGAGAGGGGUUUGAAUCCGACCCAAGGAACAUUUACAUCUCAUACAUUUUUUGUUUUGUUUUAGUUGAUAGUUUCAGAGAGCUGUUAAUUCAACUUUAUCUUUAAUUAUCGAGUUUGCAGUUACUGCUGUUUUGUUGUUCUGGGAAACUAGAAUAAAUGCACAGCUGCUGCAAAACUGCCAAAGCAUUAUCCAAACCACCCAUCUAUGUUUGAAUUCAUUUUUGUUAAUUCAAUCAGAUUAGACAAGUGAUCUCCUCUUUCUCCCCCUUCAGUUAAGGCACUGGUGGCCCAAAGAAUUACCUUACAUUUUUUUUUAAAAACACACGUAUAAACCUGAUUAAGCUUAUUAAAACUGACACAAAGAGUGAGAUCUGAGCAGCUGAACAUGUGUUUCUGUAAAUGUCCUGUGUUUAAAACCUUUCUCUCAUGUUCCUGUCGUUCUCAGCGCAUUAAUAGCUCAACAUGACACUGGGACAAAAAUCUGUUUGUCUGAGCUGAACCUGAGGUCAUACAGCUGUACUGUGAGCAGCAGAUUUAUUUGAGUUGUAAUGGAAACAUAGCAUUUCCCUUUUCUGACAGCAAGGAGUAUCGUCGUGCAGCUUUUCUACUGUUUUACACAGAAACCUUUAAAUUACAUAUUGUUUAUACUUUUUUACUGCAUAUGUUAUUAUGUAAAUACAUUGUUCAAAUAAAGAUUGAAAUAUUUUGAAUCUUA